AUGGAGGUACUUGCUGGAGUAUCGAGCGUGCUCUCGGUUCUUGAUUUUGCCAUCCAGCUUGCAGAUGGUAUCAAGAAAGCCUGUGCACUCUGGGAAUCUCUACAAGAAGCCCCUCGUGAGGUUCAAAUGACAUGCAAAGAUCUACGCGCUAUAUCAAACGUUCUUGACGAUAUACAGUUAGAGGAGAACCAGUUCAUGCAUCACUCUGACUCGAUAGUUGAGGCUCUAGAGCUUUGCUCUGAAGUUCUUGAAUCUCUCAAUCACCUAAGUCAAAAGAUUGUAUUCGCAAAUACAGAUACUAACCUGUUGAGUAAGAGAUGGCGCGCUAUGAAGGCAGUCAUAAAGAUGGACAAGCUACAAGAGUUACAGUCGAGAUUGAACGGCGUGAAACUGACCUUGGUCCUGGCUCGUCAGAACUCUUCUCAACUUCUGUCCAUGCAAACUUAUAAAUCUCAACAGCAGCUCAUGAAUAUGGUGGAUGGAAUCAAGCUCGAUCUACAGGGACUGGCCUCGAAAACCGUUGUAAUCACAUCAAGAGAUCCACCAGACAGUAAAGUACACUUCGAUGCACUAAAAGUGGAAGCUCGAGCUCUUGCACGCACUAUCAAAAAUCCUGUCAUGAGGCUCGGUUUUGAGAGAGCUAUAGAUUUAGCAUUUUCUACAUUGUCAAACUCCGCUGAGAGAAGCCUACGGAGAAAGUCUGCCGUUCUGGACAAUGUAUAG